CUUCGGCACUUGAUCCCUUUUCCUGGAUUGCUUUGGAGGAGACGGUUUGGUGACAACGUUGGGAACAGUGAGGACAGCGUUGUAACUCAUUUUUAAAGCGACAGUAGAUCAGACUUUUUAAAUGUUUGGGAUCCAAGAUACUUUAGGAAGAGGACCAGCUCUGAAAGAGAAAUCGCUGGGCGCCGAGAUGGAUUCGGUCAGGUCCUGGGUCCGGAAUGUCGGCGUGGUGGACGCCAAUGUCGCUGCGCAGAGCGGAGUAGCCCUGUCCCGGGCCCACUUUGAGAAACAGCCUCCUUCCAACUUGAGGAAAUCCAACUUCUUUCACUUCGUCCUGGCGCUCUACGACAGGCAGGGGCAGCCGGUGGAGAUAGAGCGCACCGCCUUCGUAGACUUUGUGGAGAACGACAAAGAACAAGGCAACGAGAAGACCAACAAUGGCACCCACUACAAGUUACAGCUCCUCUACAGCAACGGUGUCCGCACGGAGCAGGACCUGUACGUAAGGCUCAUCGACUCGGUCACCAAGCAGCCCAUAGCUUACGAGGGACAAAAUAAGAAUCCGGAAAUGUGCCGAGUUCUCCUGACACACGAAGUGAUGUGCAGUCGAUGUUGCGAAAAGAAAAGUUGUGGCAACCGAAAUGAGACUCCUUCAGACCCUGUCAUCAUCGACAGAUUCUUUUUAAAAUUUUUCCUCAAGUGCAAUCAGAAUUGUUUGAAAACAGCAGGAAACCCAAGGGACAUGAGAAGGUUUCAGGUCGUGUUGUCAACAACGGUGAACGUGGAUGGACACGUGCUGGCUGUUUCCGACAACAUGUUUGUUCAUAACAACUCAAAGCACGGGCGGAGAGCGAGAAGGCUGGACCCAUCGGAAGGUAGUCCUAUCUUCUUAGCUACUCCAUGCAUCAAAGCCAUUAGCCCGAGUGAAGGCUGGACCACCGGAGGAGCCAUGGUAAUCAUCAUUGGGGACAACUUCUUUGAUGGCCUCCAAGUGGUGUUUGGGACUAUGCUUGUAUGGAGUGAGCUAAUAACUCCUCAUGCCAUCAGAGUGCAGACUCCUCCUCGGCACAUUCCUGGAGUCGUAGAAGUGACAUUAUCUUAUAAAUCCAAACAGUUCUGCAAAGGAGCUCCAGGAAGGUUCAUUUACACAGCAUUAAAUGAACCCACCAUAGACUAUGGCUUUCAGAGACUGCAGAAAGUCAUCCCAAGGCAUCCUGGAGAUCCUGAGAGAUUAGCUAAGGAAAUGCUGUUGAAAAGAGCUGCAGAUCUGGUGGAGGCGCUCUAUGGGACACCACACAAUAACCAGGACAUCAUUUUGAAGCGUGCCGCAGAUAUUGCUGAAGCCCUGUACAGUGUCCCCAGGAAUCCCAGCCAGAUCCCAGCUCUCUCCAGCUCUCCAGCUCACAGUGGCAUGAUGGGCAUCAAUUCUUAUGGCAGCCAGCUUGGGGUCAGCAUCUCAGAGUCAACACAGGGAAAUAAUCAAGGAUACAUCCGCAACACAAGCAGCAUCUCUCCGCGGGGCUACUCUUCCAGCUCUACCCCUCAGCAGUCUAACUACAGCACCUCCAGUAACAGUAUGAACGGCUACAGCAAUGUCCCUAUGGCCAACCUGGGUGUCCCAGGAUCUCCAGGAUUUCUAAACGGCUCCCCCACAGGCUCCCCUUAUGGAAUCAUGUCAUCAAGUCCCACUGUUGGAUCUUCCAGCACGUCCUCCAUCCUCCCAUUUUCCUCUUCAGUUUUUCCUGCUGUCAAACAGAAGAGUGCCUUCGCCCCCGUCAUCAGGCCCCAAGGCUCCCCUUCACCUGCUUGCUCCAGUGGCAAUGGAAAUGGAUUCAGAGCCAUGACCGGACUUGUCGUGCCCCCAAUGUAAAGAAGAGGAAGAACUGCUUUCUUAUAGCACAAAACUGCUUACUCUGAUGGACCAAUAAUGAAGAAAGCACUAGGAGCUCUCUGGGGAAAGUUGUGCCCCAGGUGAACAUGAUGGACAGAUCUGGGUUUGCAAGGAGCUGCCUCUUACCUGGUCUCACGUUUCUUGUGUAGCUCUGAUGGUAACUACACAAACUGACCCUCUUGGGAACAAGGACAAAAGAUGUCAUUGACGUAGUCAGUGCUAAGAGCAGAAAUGCAAUUCUUUGUUAUGAACAUUAUGAGAACCACCUUCCUAUGUUUGUAAAAUAUUUAAGAAAAAAAAUUGGCAAACGAUUCAUGCUUAAUAUUUUGGAUACUAUUUGUUUUUCUUUGUAGGAAAAAAAAGUUGAAAGUUUCUAUUUUCUAUGAAGCCUUUCAGAUACCAAUUUAGUUUAUGCAGAAAAAAAAAAUUGAACAAAACAGGGUACCAGCAUGGAAGACUUUCUUAAAA